CCCUCAGUGUGCAGACCUAAGCUGGGAGCUGAGCUGCAGUGCACCCACAGGCCCCGGGAUGCAGGCCCUCAUGCUACUCCUCUGGAUUGGAGCCCUCCUCGGGGGCGGCGGCUGCCAGAACAGCGCUGGCAGCCCGGAGGGCUCCCCAGCCCCCGAAACCACAGGGGUGUCAGUGGAGGAGGAGGAUCCCUUCUUCAAGGUCCCAGUGAACAAGCUGGCAGCGGCCGUCUCCAACUUCGGCUAUGACCUGUACCGCGCGAAAUCCAGCACGAGCCCCACUGCCAAUGUGCUCCUGUCUCCACUCAGUGUGGCCACUGCGCUCUCUGCCCUCUCGCUGGGAGCUGAACAGCGGACAGAAUCCAGCAUCCACCGGGCUCUCUACUAUGACCUGAUCACCAACCCAGACAUCCAUGGCACCUACAAGGAGCUCCUUGCCUCCGUCACUGCCCCCGCAAAAAACUUCAAGAGUGCUUCCCGGAUCAUCUUUGAGAAGAAGCUGCGGAUAAAAGCCAGCUUUGUCGCACCACUGGAAAAGUCAUACGGGACUAGGCCCAGAAUCCUGACUGGCAACUCUCGUGUGGACCUUCAGGAGAUCAACAACUGGGUGCAGGCCCAGAUGAAAGGGAAACUUGCUAAGUCCACAAGGGAAGUGCCCAGUGAAAUCAGCAUUCUCCUUCUGGGUGUGGCUUACUUCAAGGGGCAGUGGGCAAUAAAGUUUGACUCCAGAAAGACUUCCCUCCGGGAUUUCCACUUGGAUGAGGACAGGACUGUGAAAGUCCCCAUGAUGUCAGACCCUAAGGCUGUCUUACGCUAUGGCUUGGAUUCUGAUCUCAGCUGCAAGAUUGCCCAGCUGCCUCUGACCGGAAGCAUGAGUAUCAUCUUCUUCCUGCCUACGAAAGUGACCCAGAACUUGACCAUGAUAGAAGAGAGCCUCACCUCCGAGUUCAUUCAUGACAUAGACCGAGAACUGAAGACUGUUCAAGCAGUCCUGACUGUCCCCAAGCUGAAGCUGAGUUACGAUGGUGAAGUCACCAAGUCCCUGCAAGAGAUGAAGCUGCAAUCCCUGUUUGAGUCACCAGACUUUAGCAAGAUCACAGGCAAAGCUCUCAAACUUUCUCAAGUGGAACACCGAGCUGGCUUCGAGUGGAACGAGGAGGGGGCGGGCCCCACCCCCAGCCCAGAGCUCCAGCCCGCCCACCUCACCUUCCCCCUGGACUAUCACCUCAACCAACCGUUCAUCUUCGUGCUGCGGGACACAGACACAGGGGCCCUUCUCUUCAUCGGCAAAAUUCUGGACCCCAGGGGCACUUAAUGCUCCAGUUCAACGUUCAGAUACGCUGGAGGGGUGGCAGACUACACAUUCCAGGAAGGCUGCCCCUAUCAUGGUUCAGU